CGGGGAGGCGCCGCACUGCAAGCCUCGGAGCAGUCGAGAGGCGGACAGAGCGGCGCUGUUGUUCUUUCACAUCCGCUCUAACGGCCGCUCUGUGGAAAACGUAACUUCCCCCCUUUCCUUGCUGUCGUCCUUCUGGCAGGCUGUACGGAAGAGAGAUGGUGAAAGGGGACGACGAGAUCGUGGCCGAAACAGAAUUCCCGGAGCAGUUCCGCUCCUACUCGGAAAAUGAAAAGCACUGGCAAGCGCGCCGCGCCUUCAUUGUGCGCAAUAUCCCGCCGGGGGAUGAGGAGGCGCUCUCUCCCCUGCGCCUGGACCAGCUGCUCUCGCUCUCUAUGGUGUGGGCCAAUCACCUCUUCCUGGGAUGCAGCUACAGCAAAGAUCUAAUGGACAAGGUAACAGAAAUGGCUGAAGGGAUUGAAGUUGAAGAUGCACCACAUUUUACAACCCGUGAUGAAUUAAUGAAAAAGAAUCAGCACUAGUGACUAAGAGGACUGAGACCUGGCCUUUCAUUAUGCCUCACAACUGGCUUCCUUGGAGGACCUUCAUCUGGACAAUUCAAGAAGCUCCACUUCUUCCACUGAAUAUUCAUUUUAGAAGAUUGUGAAGACUAUAAAUUCAGAUUAAAGAAGAUAUUACAGACUUUUUGUCUGCCUUUGACCAGGCAUGCAUUCAAAACAGUGUUGUAGAAACAGGGAGGAGGCCUGGUGCAAGCGUUCUUCCUAGCAUUUAAGAUUCCAGCAAGUACUAAAUGAAGUAGAAUGUGCCAUCUAGGUGCCAGACAGAUAGAGAUAAGGUGCAGGCCCAGGGUGACAGAGAACAGAGACAUACUGUGUACUUUGUCACUGGUGUCUACAGUGACCAGACAGCAUAGUGUACCUGCCUAGAGCAGGGCACUAGAAUAGGGGACUGGCAGAUCUACAGAAGCUGCUCCAUGCCCCUAUUCUUGACAAGAUACAGGCCUGUGUUCAUGUAAUGAGAAUUUCAGUAAUGUAGUUGAAAAGUUGUUAGUUUUUUCACAGGGAGCUCCAUUGUCAUGGUAGCAAUGUGAAAUAGGUGAUGAAGUAUGGUAGCUUUGUGAGCAUCUGCUUUGUCAUUCAAAUUCUUUGUUCAGUAGUAAGAUAUACACUAGGGAUUUGGCAUGGCACAUAAAACUACCUGUGACUUUCCUGUUCUUACUGGUUAGGAAGAUCAUGGACACUGAUUAACUUCAGCGUGAAAAGGAGUUUACUGCUGAGGGAGAGGUGAAACCAUUAGGCUUGGAGUCCUUAUGAAUUUCUCUUUUGUUUAUUUUACUUCUCAACUCCAGGGAAAGGAACAGACACCACAACAGAGUUCCUCCAGUCUAUUAUUAAGUGUAGCUCUGUUCCUCUUAGAUGAAUAAAGGAGGGGAAGGUAGUGGCAGCUAUAGUUUAAAGUGAGCUCCCCUGUCAGAUUUUCAUAGUGGCUGGCCAGGGAAUAAGCUUUUGCAUUUAAAAUAUAUCACUCCUACCAGCCCUGUGCAGUAGUACUGUAGCCAGCAGGUAAGGAUGACACUUCUAGUAGGCUUCAUGUAACAAACUGCAGCAUCUGAUGGACAUACAAGUGUAACUCACCACAGAACAAAGCAUGCUGGUUGUCACAUGUUGAAAGGAAGCAUGGCACUUAAGGCCAGUGCCAUCUUCUUUUUGAAGGAUGAGCCAGCAGAGAGGAUCUGCAUGAUGCGGAGGAGGAGCAGGACACAUGGAAGGAGGAAGUGGGAGAACCUUGUAACUCCUAAUAACAGCCGAUUUUUAUUUGGUUGCAUUUUUAUUUCAUGUGUUAUGAGGUGAGAGUAUUUUUAUGUUUCUUGUGUAAGUCAUCCAGAGUAGUGACCUUUCAGUAAGUCAGGCAUAUAUAGGUUUCAGAAAUAAAAACAGAAAUAAUUAAAUAAAAACAAUUCUGGAA